GAGCUGACGUGUCGGGAAGAGCUGCUGACCCUCCUGCUGUCGCUUCUGCCCCUGGUGUGGAGAAUCCCCGUGCAGGAAGAGAGAGCAAGAGACUUUAGGAUACCCUCCACAGUAGACGUGUGCCUGACCAAAGAGAACGCCUCCGGUUCCGUGAGAUCUGCUCAGGAAAGGCCUGGCCCCGACGGCCGCGCUCGCUCGUCUCUUCAGGCCCCCGCGAGACCGACCCCCCGGUCCCGAAAAAGCGGCCGCCUGCGCAAAACCGCCCAGCGCUACUCUGUGCGCGACGCGAGGAGGUCGCAGCUCUCCACUUCCGACUCGGAUGGCAAUUCCGAUGAGAAGGCUUCUGCAGCAACGAGGCACCGGCGCUCCCAGUUACUGCAGCCUUUUCUGACAUAUCCAGCAGCACCAACUCCUCAUCCCGAUGCCCCUCAUCUGGAAACUUCCAGCCAAGCUGUUCCGGCACGUGAGCUCAACCUGGAGAUCUUGAGUGAGCCAGCUUCAGAAGUUGCGGAGAGCAGCGUGGGUAACUCUCCUUUUGACUUGUGCCGUGUCCUGUUGUCGCUCCUAGAGAAGGUGUGCGGGUUUGAUGUUACUGUGAAUCACAGCUCUGCUCUUUCGGCGAGCGUGGUGCCCACGCUGACCGAGUUCUUGUCGGGGUUUGGAGACCCUUGCAGUGCGAGUGGUAGCACAGAGAACGUCGUCGUUUCUGCAGGGUGGACGGAAGAGCCCGUGGCUCUGGUCCAAAGGAUGCUCUUUCGGACAGUGCUGCAUCUUCUGUCUUUAGACAUCAGCAAUACAGAAGCGAUGCCAGACAAUUUACGGAGGAAUUUGACAGACUUACUUAAAGCAGCAUUAAAAAUCAGAAUUUGCUUGGAAAAUCAACCUGAUCCUUUUGCUCCAGGACUCCAGAAAACACUACAGCAGCCGGUUCAGGAUGACUUUGUAUUUUCUAGGUACCACCACCGAGCCUUGCUUCUACCCGAGGUGAUAGAAGGGGUCUUGCAGGUUCUGAUCUGCUGCCUGCAGAGCGCAGCCUCCAAUCCCCUGUACUUCAGCCAGGCCAUAGAUCUGGUUCACGAGUUCAUCCAGCACCAGGGGUUCGGGCUGUUCGAGGUCACCGUGCUGCAGAUGGAGCGGCUCUGCGCGAAGAACGAGGGAGCAGCCGGGGAAGCCUCGGAGCGUCUGAAGGGCCUCGUCAGCAGCAUCAUGAAAAUCAUCAGCACUGUCAAAAAGGUGAAGUCGGAGCAGCUGCAUCAGUCGAUGUGCACGCGAAAGCGGCACAGGCGAUGCGAGUACUCUCACUUCAUGCACCACCACAGGGAUCUCUCUGGGCUCUCUGUGUCUGCUUUCAAAAGCCAAGCUUCCAGAAACCCCUUCGAAACGUCCGAUGGAGAGGUUCAUUAUCCAGACAGGUGCUGUUGCGUCGCUGUCUGCGCACACCAGUGCCUGCGCUUGUUGCAGCAGGUUUCUCUGAGCAGCACCUGCGUUCAGAUUCUCUCGGGCGUACAUAACGUCGGGAUAUGCUGUUGUAUGGAUCCGAGGUCGGUCAUCGUCCCGCUGCUUCACGCCUCCAAGCUACCGACGUUAAAGAACUUCCAGCAGCACAUACUGAACAUCCUUAACAAGUUCGUAUUGGACCAGCUGGGUGGAGCGGAAGCUUCUCCAAAGAUGACGCAGGCAUCGUGCAAUAUUUGCGGCGUCGACGGCGACCAACUGGCUCAGCUGGGGGACGCCUGGCAGGGCAGCACGGGCGAUGCGGGGCUUGCGCCCAGCCCCUCCUGCAGGGCUCAGGGAAUCCUGCCCAGCAGCGGCUCUGAGGACGUGCUGCUGAGAUGGGACGCGCUGGAGGCCUACCAGGACGUUGCGUUUGAGGAGGACCAAUUACGCGGCCGCUUGCCUGCUGAGGUGCUGCAGGUUUAUUUGCAGACGCUGCCUGUGCUGCUUAAAUCCAGGGUAGUUAGAGACUUGUUCCUGAGCUGUAACGGGGUCAACCAAAUGACUGAGCUAAAUUACGUGGAUGCCUUAAGAAGCCACUCUCUGAGGGUGCUGGAGACGCUGAUACUCUGCCUUGGCGAUCAGCAGAAAGACCAAGCGAUGCCUGAGCUGGACAGCGAGCAGAAGGACCAGGAGCCUAUGGCUGACGUGCCCACCUCGCUCUGCAGCCAGCAAGCUGUUUCCGAAGUUCCUCGGAGCCUCAGCAAGUUUUACGCUGGCUUGAAAGAGGCUUACCCCAAAAAGAAAAAGCUUGUGAGCCAAGACAUUCAUGUCAACACGAUAAACCUGUUCCUCUGUGUUGCUUUUUUGUGCGUGAGUAAAGAAGCAGAUGGUGAUCUGGACUCUGCCAACGACUCUGAAGAUACGUCAGGAUACGACAGCACAGCCAGCGAGCCGUUAGGCCACAAGUUGCCAUAUCUGUCACUGGAAAGCCUUACUUUGCCCUCCCUGGAGCAUAUUCACAGGGCUGCGGAUAUUUGGUCCAUGUGUCGCUGCAUCUAUUUGUACAGCUCGGUUUUCCAGCGGCAGUUCCACAGGCUGGGAGGCUUUGAAGCGUGCCAUAGAUUGCUCAUCCUGAUAAUUCAGAAACUGGCCAAAUGUAAGGAAAAGGAGCAAGAAAGGAGGGAGAGCAGCAGGAGCCCUGGUGGGGAGCUUCUCAGCAAGGACGACUCUGCUCAGUUGGGUAAAGGCAGCGAGGGGACGCAGCUGGAGCUCGGUGCUGGAGCAGAGCAGCUGGGGCCUGGCAGUGCCUCCUGCCACAGCGAUUUGGGCAGGGAGCACCCCUCUGCUGCUGCAGCCGCCAGCCUGGAGGGGACAAAGCCUCCUGCACGGGAGGAGACCGAGUGGGCACUGCAGGGCAUCCGGCUGCUGGAAGCGCUGCUGGCCAUCUGUCUGCACAGCGCGAGUGUCCCGCAGCAGAGGGUGGAGGCAGAGACGUUUCACCAG